UCUGCAAUCAUAAUAUUCUUUAUCCAUGAACAAACAAGAAAAUUAUGUGGCUUCACUCGUUUUGUUUACAUCUCUAACCACUAAUCUACCCCUACCCCCACCGCCACCCCACUCAACCGAUCUUUCCCACCUCUUCUUAUGUCUUAUUUGUCCCCUUUCCCUCCAUUUUUGUGACUCUCUGAUCAUACCCUUUAUCUCCUCAGAUUCACUCAUCAUCCCUCCAUCUUUCAAGAAACUUAGAAUCACGGCUUUCUUGAAGUUCCAAUACCCCUUUGUCACAUGAAUCCUCUUUUGGGUUUCCUCAAAAUCAACUUCUCUUUUUUGGGUCUUCUUGUUUUCCAAUAAAGUUUUCAUCUUGAUCUAAUCUUGGAAAUAAUUCGGGGGUUCUGUAAAUCUUUGUGUUGGGCAAGUUAGGUCUACUUUGAUUACCAUAACAAAUUGAACUUUACCCAGAGUUUAAAAUUUAAAACAUGCCUAUGUAUUUGUGCUUUCUAAAAUUAGGUUUCUUGUAGUAUACACAAUCCCUUUUCAAUUUAAUUCUAAAAGAAUCCCAUAAAUUUCUACAAAAUCAACUCUUCUUUCUGCGUUAUUCCUGUUUUCCAAUAAAGCUUCCAUCUUUGAUCAAAUCUAUCAAAAUAAUUCACGGGUUCCUAAAUAUUUGUGUGUAACCCUUAGAUUUUACUAAAAUCAGUGCCUAAAUCUCUUGUUUUUUUUUCGAUGGCUCCUUCAUAUUUUCCAUUAAGGUGGGAAAGCACCGGUGAUCAAUGGUGGUAUGCAUCUCCAAUCGAUUUAGCAGCAGCUAAUGGUCACUACGAUUUGGUGAGAGAACUCCUUCAUUUGGACACAAACCUUCUCAUAAAACUAACAUCUCUCCGCCGUAUCCGGCGGCUGGAGACGGUGUGGGACGAUGAAGAUCAAUUCAACGAUGUUGCAAAAAACAGAUCAAAAGUGGCAAGAAAACUUCUUCUUGAAGGUGAACCCAGAAACAGCCAUGGCCGUAACUCACUGAUCAGAGCUGGAUACGGUGGUUGGCUUCUUUACACGGCGGCAUCAGCCGGUGACGUGGGUUUUGUUAAAGAACUGUUGAAAAGAGAUCCGUUGCUUGUUUUUGGUGAAGGCGAAUAUGGUGUUACUGAUAUAUUGUAUGCUGCUGCAAGGGGGAAGAAUCAAGAGGUUUUCCAGGUUUUGUUUGACUUUUCUUUGUGGUCAAAGGGGGGAGAAGUUGGGUCUGUUUUUAAAUUUGAGAUGAUAAAUAGAGCUGUUCAUGCUGCUGCUAGAGGUGGGAGUCUUGAAAUCUUGAAACAACUUCUUGAAGAUUGUGAUGAUGUUUUGAUGUAUAGAGAUUUGCAGGGUUCUACUUUGUUGCAUUCAGCUUGUGGCAGAGGUCAAACUGAGGUUGUGAAGUAUUUACUUGAAUCUUAUGAUCUUAUCGGCUCAAAAGACACACAAGACAACACGCCAUUACACAUUGCCGCCUAUAAUGGUCACUUACAAGUGGUGGAGCUUUUAGUUUCAUCAUCUCCAUCCCUAAUCCCAUUAACAAACAACCACGGUGACACUUUUCUUCACACAACAAUCGCCGGAUUCAAAACGCCUGGAUUCCGGCGAGUUGACCAGCAAAUCGAACUCAUGAAGCAUCUCGUGAGUGGCAAAAUUGUAAAUUUAGAAGAAAUUAUCGAUGUUAAGAACAACGAUGGUCGAACCGCGCUUCACAUUGCCGUAAUCGAGAACAUCCAUUCGGAUCUAGUCGAACUCCUUAUGACUGUUAGAUACAUUGAUUUGAACAUCCGAGACGUUGAUCGGAUGACACCCCUUGAUCUCCUUAGACAGCGGCCGAGAUCAGCCUCAUCAGAGAUUUUAAUCAAGAGGCUGAUCUCGGCCGGUGGGAUUUCGAAUUACAACGAUUAUAUGACCAGGACUGCCCUUGUAUCCCAUCUGAAAACACAUGGGAUCGGGGGCAGUCCUGGAACUUCCUUCCGAAUCCCGGACGCGGAAAUCAUAUUUUACGCUAAUCCGGAUCGCGAGUCAAUGUACUCGGGCGAACUGAGUCAGUAUGGCUCACCCGCGCGGUCAAACUCGGAUUACUGUGACCGGGAAUCGGGAAGUGGGCCCGCCAGACGGUUAAAGCUUCUUUUCGGAUUUGCUCGAAGAAAAGAGGAAUACGAUGAUUGUGAUUCCGUAAAUUCUCUCGGUUUGAGGAAAUUUAAGCACGAAAAUAGACCGAUUUCAUAUCGGGAAAAAUACUCGAAAUGCUCGAUUCCAAGCCCGUCUACAAAGACGAAGUUUUCGGCUGGGCUAACCCACGGGGUGCUACGGGUGCAGUCACCAUCGAGCCAGUUUUCAGGGUCAUCUUGGUCGUCGGGGUCAGAUAUUGAAGAUGAUGAUAAAAGGCCUUCAAAUGUUGUGAUCAAGAACUAUAUGCGGUCUAGCACAGGCCCAUGGGUUAGCCGUGACAAAUCGAAGUUCCAUAGGCGGCAGUCUUCAUUGAGCAAGAUUUUGAUGAACCAGGUGUUUUGUUUUGGUGCACAGGGUCUAGUUGUGGAUGAACCGGUUAGGCGUUCGAGCCCACGUCAAAGUUACAUUGGUUCAACUGCCUGAAUAUAAUAUGUAUAUAUAUAGACACGAUCUGUAUGUAUACAAUAAUUUUUUUUAAUGUAAUAUUUUUAUAUAAACAUUAUGAGGACGAUUUUACAUUUUAUUUUCUUGGCAAAUACACACCAUAAAUUUUCGGGAAA